CACUUUACGUCACUACCGCACCUGCGCAGCCAUCUUGAGCCUCUAGCAAGCAACGGCGGACACAGAAAGGCAGAAAAAGGAGUAAAAUAUAGCAGACUAACCUGAGGAAACAGGGAUAUGUCCGCUAGAAUAAAGUAUAUAUGAAACAAUAAAGGUCGAAUACAGUGGAACGACCAGGUCGCAGUAACAGAGACGGUAAAACAGUCAUCUAAGUGCCUCGGAUACCCGGACCUACAAGUCAUCUUUUUUGCCGGAGUAGGAAGGAGCCGAGUCGCCGACAGAAAAACACAUCCAGAGUAAAACCAUGAAUCCCGAAUAUGACUAUCUGUUCAAGCUCCUGCUCAUCGGAGACUCUGGAGUAGGAAAGUCCUGUCUUCUGCUGCGCUUUGCUGAUGACACCUACACAGAGAGCUACAUCAGCACCAUCGGAGUGGACUUUAAGAUCCGCACCAUCGAACUGGAUGGCAAGACCAUCAAACUGCAGAUUUGGGACACUGCAGGUCAGGAGAGGUUCCGUACCAUCACCUCCAGUUACUACCGUGGAGCCCAUGGGAUCAUAGUUGUAUAUGAUGUGACAGAUCAGGAGUCCUAUAACAACGUCAAGCAGUGGCUUCAGGAAAUCGACCGCUAUGCCAGUGAAAAUGUCAACAAGCUUCUGGUGGGCAACAAGUGUGAUCUGACCACCAAGAAAGUAGUGGACUACACAACAGCUAAGGAGUUUGCUGACUCUUUGGCCAUCCCCUUCCUGGAGACGAGCGCUAAGAACGCCACCAACGUAGAGCAGGCUUUCAUGACCAUGGCCGCAGAGAUCAAGAAGCGCAUGGGCCCCGGGGCCACAGCUGGCGGCGACAAGCCCAACUUAAAAAUCGAGAGCACCCCUGUUAGGCAGUCUGGAGGGGGCUGCUGUUAAAGGACCCCUCGCCCCCACCACCCUAACCAUCACUUCCACCAUCUCCACUAAAAUCUCCCUUUCUUCUCCUUCUGUGUUCCCUCCCAUCAUCUGUGCCACUCCCAUACCCCGCCAUUCCUCCAUAACACUCUGUAACCCACACCCAACUCCCUGACUCCCGCUCGGUCCGCCCACCUAGAGAUCCAGGGAUGGUUGGCCAAACACAGGAGUAAACUGUUAAGAGUGUUAAGAUCAGAAAACAGAUUGAAACUUUGCAAGGGUUAAUUCAGACCUGUACACCCACCAAACAUCAGAGAGAGGAGAGCAACCAGACUGUGAGGGAGGGACAGAAACAGACACCAAGGCAACUUUUACUUUCUGCCAUGAGGACAGAGAAAACAGAUACGGGGGAAGACUGGUAUUGAUUUAGAGUGGAAUGGAGGCAGUGGAAGCUUAUCUCAAAACACACACACACACACACUGUAGUGGGGCGGCAGGGGUUAAAGAGAUUUAAGUCUUUUGGCUAAACACUUUCUCCUCAGUCUGUCUUUGCUGAUCCCAUCUUAUGGCCGCCCUCCACCUCACCCCAGCCCAAAGUUUUCAUCCCUGGAAUUAUUUACCUGCACAAACACACACAGGUGCAGUGUGCUUGAGUCACACACCGUAGAUGCUCUGUACACAGUAGGAAGUGUUCCUGAAUAGCAGCAGCCUAACAGUGACUCAUCAUUGCCAUUUAUUGAUGAAGAUUCAGGGAAAGCCCCUUCAGUGAGCCUCCUCUCCCUCCAUCUGUCCUCUUCCUGAGCUUCCACUCUCACUUUCUCAAGGUGUGUUCAGAUAGAAAGCAAAGGGAAUUUCCGUGUUGUGUCAUUCACGUGAAUUUGACCCCAAACAGCCAAUGAAGUUCUUUGUUAUUUCCCUCCAGUCUCUCUCGUUGUUCUUCUCGUCUCUGUAUGUUUGUAAAGUAGAUUCAAAAAGCCCCAGGAUGAACCUGAAAUUUUUGCUCAAGUUGAAACAUUUUCUACUCCCACAGACAUGUCUUCGCCUCAGGUUGUGCUGCCCUGGGUGAAUUUGCAUCUAUUCAUGCCUACUCAAGUCUUUCCAUUGACUUUGUAUGCAGUAUCCAGCGCUAAAAUUCACCUCGUAUUCUGUCUGAACACACCUUUAAUGUCUCAAUAUGCUUCAAACAUACUAGGAGGUACUGUAUAUGGGUGACGGAAGUAGUUGCGUGAAGAAUGAAAAAAAAAGAGAGUUUGCUUUAACAAAUCUUCACACGUAGCCAAUUGCUGCACAAAGUGAACAUAAUUGUUGAAUUAAAGUUACAAAAAUUGUCAGAUGUAGUCCCCCAAUUCCACCAUGGAAACGGGGGUUUUACAUGCUGUUAGAUGAUACGACAAGCAUUUCAUUUGAAGCAUAGUGACGUCUUUAGUGCCUGGUCACAAGAAAGUGGCAAAGCAAUGUUUAUAUUGCAUUCUCGCAAAACAAGCAAGGCAGCAUAGUGGCUACUUGUGAGGCUAGUUGGCAAUCUACUGUGGCUAUUGAUCUAACUUCUAACCAGUUACAGUUAGCAAGCCAGCUAGCUUGGUCGCUAAUAGUAAGUUAACACAGUUUACUCAAGAUACAAAUUUGUACCAUUGACUCCUGUCUGCAAACCAUGUCUCUUGUGGGGCACGGUUAUAUAAAAGUGGAUGGUACAACACAGCUAAUGUGACAGCCUCCUCCAUUUUGGACUCUUCGGCUCUUUGUUCCCCCAAAGUUAGAACAGCCAAGAUGGUCAAUGGCACAAAAUCACGUGUCAAAAAAUUCACCAAAGUUAAACUACGGAAAAGCUUUGUGCAGGUUUACUUUGCUGCGAUUCCAUUUAAAUAAUUUGGUUCCGGCUCAAAAUGUUGCUGUCAUAAAUGCUGUUGUGACCAGGCCCCUUAUCUGAAUCAGUAAUGAGAUAACAUACAGGAGAAAGAUGUACAUGCAAAGACAGGUUGUAGUUAGUUUUGAUGGAAGCAUUAACCAAGGGAUUCUUUAACUAAACUCCCUGCUUAACAUUUUAGGUAAAAGAAGAAAAAGGGAUGGAGGCGGUGGUUGUAAGAACUGCAAUAUAUGAUGUUAGUUUUCCUUUUUUAGUCUUCAGUCUUCAAAGGAAUCAUUUCUAUAUGUAAAAGAAAGCAAUGUGACAAAAUGCUGAAACAUUUAGCAGAGUGACUUCCUGGAAUGACACUAAAUAUUACAGUCCAAGGGCAGAUAACACUGCACACAGAUGACGAGGCAUGACAAAAGUGAGGAGGAUUGACAGACUCAGUUUGACUUACUCUGACAAACGGAAGCAGUUGGCAAUAUUAUGCAUUGAUCUUACAAUUACUGUUUUAUUAUUGUUGUGGUUUUAGUGUUUUUUAUUUUCUCAUUGAUACUUCUGAUCGAGACAACUAUAUACAUUACUACAAUUAGCUUAAACUCUCAUGUUCAGUAUGUGUUCAGUAUUUAGGAUGUCAUUUCAUUCUCGCUUGUUUGCAGAUGAAGCUGAGGUAGAGAUGUGGUGGGUGUGUCUGUUGGCUGGGGGGGUGAUUCUUACAAAAGCUGCUGUUCCUUCCCUCAGAUCGUCCUGUUUGUCAAACAAAGUUGUCUCCCAUUUGGACACAUGGUUCACACCUGUCUUUUAUGUCCCUUUUCAUUUAUGGUUCCUUAUCAGAUGAUUUAGUGCUCUAGUUCAUGCCACUUGUGUAAUCCUUUUUACAUUUGAGUCCUUUACCAUAGUUACUAAGGUCUCAGUAAACUUCAAAUGAACUAGGUCAUACAAAAGUGUUUACAGCUGUUCCGAAUGGCCACACUCAACGGCGAGGCCAAAAGCCUGCCGUCAGAGAGAGGGGCAAGAUGUGAUGAGUCGUACAAAUGGGGAUAACAGCGCACACUUUUCAGCAGCCUCUUGAAAAGGCAUUCAUGGUGUUGUACUCGUCGGUACGCACAAAAAUUGACAAAAGUAGUCAGAAUGGAAUUGGAAAGAAUGGACAUGAGAAGUUCAGACCCUGCAUAAUUUCACACCGCGACACACCUAAGUUACAAAUAUUUUUGGAUGCCACCCCUCCUGGUGCUGAUGUCAAAAAUGGGGUUUCAGGUGCUGUAAGGGGAUUCGACAAGCACUUUAUAAGUGUGAAAUUUUAUUCUUGAUGUCAAAAUAAUCUUAACUCAAGCUCCAUUUACCAGCUUUUUCCAGAGCUUUCAAUGUCCUUAUCAGCGGAAGCUCUGGAAAAAGCUAGUAAGUGGACCUUUAGUUAAGAUUAUUUUGUCAUACUACGUGUAUUUAUUUUUCAUGAAAACAGUGGCUUAUUUCUUUAAAGUAAAUGUUAUCAUCAAUGCCAAAGUCUCAAAUGUGAAACAAUUACACGUAGGGCUGUGUAUCAUUGUGUUAUCGCUGUUUAGCAAAACCUUAGUAUUGGUACAGAUACUGUGCAAGAAACUACAAAUAAAACACAGUCUACAGGCAAAAUUAUGAGCACAAAAUCUUGAUAUUGGAAAACAAAGUUUGACAAAAUCUUUACUCGCGGUCACUUACUGGCCUAUUCCAAAAUUUUCAACUGCAUCUUAUGCUUUUUUGGCAUCGGCACCAAAUAACGUCCUUGAACAGAGACAGUGGUUAUUAUCUCCCCCCACCAUAUACGACCAAAGUCUGGAACUUCAAGUCACGGUAACGGUGAGAUCAGAGACAGGUAUGAGGCUGUUCACAUGCCUGAGCUCUGAGCGGUUCUCUGCUUCUCAUAGCUCUGUUAGGUCUUUUUUUUUUUUUUUUGGUAUUUCCAGGGAAACUGGAAGGAAUGUGAGGAAAAGAGCAUCCCCCUCCCGUUAUAGAGGGGCAUCUACACUGAACUAAAAAUUCUGUUUGUCUGAGCCACAACUUUUAACCCUGUUAUAUGAAGAACUGGGGAAUAUGGUGAUUUUCUAUAAGCCUGGUCACACUUUAAAGGAUGAACUCACUGUACUAGAGCCUUCUAAGAACGCAUUCUUUUAGUUGUCUUGGUUAUCUGUGGUCUCAUUGUACACAGCAGGUCCAUGCUGAACAGAAGCCAAUGGCAUUGUGUCCCAGACCAUAGUCAGUUUCAUCACUUGUGUUUGGGGGCAUCUGGAGGUUCAGGGACUGACUGGUCUUGGUUUGCUGACCGGGUAUGAACUCCCAACUCUCCCCUCCACUCACCCAUGGCACUGCAGUGUGAUGAAUUCCUCAAGAUCCUCCCUGACUGGCUCCUCCACUCAGAUAAGAGAAUCUUCCCCAGGCUUUGGUUGCACUUGUGGUUCUCUCUGCAAGAAAAACUUGUCAGCGUUUCAGGUCCUACACCGCCUCAUGCUCUGGUGAGGCGUCACAAAGAGCAUGCAGCUGCAAAAGUGCAAUUUCAGCUCCUGAAAACUGAAUAUAGAUGAGUCCACAUUAUGUUGAGAUCCACAGCCUUCCAUUUGUGAAGCCUCACCACUGAUUGAUGCCCGGUCAGAAAGCUUCAACUCUGGAGUUGUCCAAGUGAAGCACAGGUGUGAUGUCAGCUACUUCUGAUCACGUUGGCAUCACUUGGAGAUGAGUGUGUGUACUGGCAUCAUUUGACACAUAUAUUUGUGUUUUUCAGCCCUGUAGAGUUAAACUGGAAUGCUGUAGUUUGCUGUGCAGGACUGGAAUCUGACAUUAAGGGGGAGGGAAGGAAAAAGCUGUAUAUGUGUGUAGAUCGGGAUGGCGUGUAACAUUCCUGCGUUUUUUGGACACAUGUUGGCAUCCCAGUAUCAUGGCAGUCUCACUUGAGUAGAUGCAGUACAAGUAAUCAUUUGAAACUAAACACUCAAGUCUCACAGACACACACACACACACAUAUACUGGAUGUUUUAUGGUUUGAUGACUGAUUUCCUUUUUUAAAUCUUUCAACAAGUCUUGAUAUUUUAUUGAUUUUGAUGUAUUCAUUGAAUACUGUGUUGUCUAGUCCAUGGAAGUAUGAGGGGACACUGGGUAGGGUGUGGACUCUGAUGAGGGUGGGGUUAAACAGACACAGGGUGGGGCUUUUGCUUAUGAAUGUGAUUCCGAUUAAACAACACUUGACUUUUCUUCUUUAGUUCACUUUUUGUAUUCAUUUGGGUUAAAGGGGGUAUUUUCCAUGUCAUUUGCACACUUGUUCAUCGCAGUUCAAUGGCUUAAUAAAAGCACCGGGCAGGAGCUCGCCUGUCACCUUCUGUCUUUUUUCUGUUUGGCUUGUUCACUUUGUUGCUGUCUCCCUGCUGAAUUUGAGCAUGUUUUUUUUUCUGUACAUAUUAUAAAUAUAUAUAAUAAAAUGAUGAAAAAGAUCAACAUCAA